AUGUGUGAUCUGUGUUCACCGGAGUUACCAGAAAAUAAAUCAUAUGAUGAUUUAGUAGCCUUAAUUAAAGAGCAUUUAGAACCCCAAAGAUCAGAAAUUGCGGAACGUCACGUAUUUAGACUACGAAGACAACGAACCGGAGAAUCCAUGAUGGAGUAUUUGCAGGCUUUAAAGCAUCUUGCCGCGACUUGUAAUUUUGGUAAAUGCAAUUCGUGUUCGACGUUAGAGGAAAAUCUGAGGGAUCAGUUUGUGUCUGGAUUGAUCAAUGAUGCCAUGCGAUCCAGAAUUUUUGCGGAAAAGCAUAUCAAGUACAAGGAAGCUGUGGAGCUGGCUUUGGCUCUGGAGGCCGCGGAGAAGCACGCGGAAGUCAGUGGUACCAGGGAGAGUGUAAACCCGGGGUCGAGCAGCGUCGACGCGGGGGAUGGUCUCCAUUAUACUCGCGGGGGACGAGGAAUAGCACGGGGGCAGCGGGGUCGAGGCGCAGGGCGCGGCAGCGGCGUCGUCGGCGCGGGCCCGCAGGCGGCCGGCACGGCGCGCGCGGCGCCGGCGGCCGCGGCUUGCUGGCGUUGCGGCAAGGCGCAUCGUGCAGAUCGGUGUCGUUAUACGCAAUAUAAUUGUGAUGAGUGCAACCAGCGUGGCCAUUUAAAGGUCAUGUGCAAACAAGUGCACGAGUAUAGAUCGCGAGUGAGUGGGUAUAAUUACGUGAGUGAUGACGGUGGAUCGGAUGGCAUGUUCGAUAUCGAGGUGGCGACUCAAGGUAACAAACCGUACUUUAUUAAUGUUAUGAUUGAUGGUAACAAUAUUGAAUGCGAAAUAGACACUGGUAGCAGAAUAUCCGCAAUAAGUGAAAAAAUGUAUAGGAACCUAUUUUCAAAUAAGUCGAUUAUAACAGAUAAUUUGAUUUUACGUGCAUACUCUGGCUCUCAAAUCGAAUCGCUCGGUUAUAUAAAUGUAGACGUCGUCUUAGCUAGUGUUACAGCCACUUUACCAUUGUAUAUUAUUAAAAACGGCGCUCGGCCCCUUUUAGGACGCGAUUGGUUACGGGAGUUACAAAUUAACAAUAUACAAUUGCAUGAAAUAAUCGAGGAUCGUCUUGUGAGUCAGUUAGCUGCAGAGUUUCCACAAGUGUUUACGGACAAGCUGGGUACGUGUAAGCGUGCUAUUCAAUUGCAGCUCUCAGAUAGCACGCCGGUGUAUGUGCGCGCGCGGCCUGUGCCGCUGGCGCUGCGCGGCCGCGUCGAGCUCGAGCUCGCAAGGCUCGAAGCAGAUGGCACUAUUUAUCGCGUAGAUUAUUCAGAGUAUGGCACACCGAUCGUUCCAGUAGUGAAACAGAACGGUGAGAUAAGAAUUUGCGGCGAUUAUAAAAUAACGAUUAAUCCCAAAUUGAAAAGAGAACAUUAUCCAUUGCCUCGUAUCGAGGAGUUGUUUGCGAACCUCAGUGGAGGGGAUAGGUAUUCGAAAAUAGACCUUAGGCAUGCUUAUGAACAAUGUUUACUUUCUAAAGAUUCCCAGGCUUAUACAGCAAUCACGACGCAUGUUGGAACUUUCGCAUAUCGUCGUACGCCCUAUGGUCUUUCCUGUAUACCGGAAAAAUUUCAAAAAUUAAUGGAGGAAACGUUACGGGGAGUGCCAAGCUGUGUCGUUUUUUUGGACGAUAUCUGUAUAACCGGGAGAAAUUAUAAGGAUCAUAUGGCGAAUCUGAGAGCGGCAUUUGAACGGCUACAAAAGAUGGGUCUAACUAUUAAGUUAUCUAAAUGUACAUUUAUGGCAGAACAAGUGAAGUAUCUUGGCUUUAUUAUAAACAAGGAGGGCUUACGUCCUGAUCCAGAAAAAUUAAAGGCUAUUUCGGGGGCACCAACUCCAGAAAAUGUUACACAACUUAAAAGUUUCCUUGGCAUGCUCAAUUAUUAUGGAAAAUUUGUUCCUAACUUAAGUGAUUUACUGCAUCCGUUAUAUUGUUUAUUGAAGAAGGGUAUUCGUUGGGAUUGGACAACGGAUUGUGACAGAUCGUUUGACUCUGCAAAACGCGCCCUCCUGAGCGAGCGCGUGUUGGCGCACUAUGAGGAGGGGCGGCCGCUCGUUCUAGCGGUGGACAGCAGUGCGUACGGGCUGGGCGCAGUACUCGCGCACCGCUACGCGGACGGCAGCGAGCGGCCAGUCAGCUGUGUCUCGCGCACGCUCAACGCUGCCGAGCGAAACUAUAGCCAACUCGAUAAGGAGGCUCUCGCAAUAUUUUUUGGUAUCACAAAGCACCAUCAGUUUUUAUUUGGUAGGCGUUUUGUACUGCGUACGGAUCAUCAACCGCUAACUUAUAUUUUCGGAGUUAAGGGUGGAAUUCCUCAAACUGCAGCGAGUAGAUUACAAAGAUGGGCCGCACAGUUGGCUGCAUAUGAUUUUAGUGUUGAAUUUGUGCGUUCGGCGGACAACGGGCCCGCCGACGCCUUGUCGCGCUUGCCGCUAGCUCAGGAGGUGCUUUUGAAAGAUGCGAUCAACUACAUGAAUUUAAUUGAAGAAUGUUUACCUGUAAAUUUUAAAGAAAUUGCUACAGCGACUGAGCGUGAUACAUUGUUAUGUAAAAUCAAAGGAUACAUACAAUUUGGUUGGCCGUCGGGUACGAGGUCGGACGAUGAAAAACCGUUUUUUGUGAGAAAAUUGGACCUAGUCACAGAAUUAGGGUGUAUAAUUUAUAAAUAUAGGGUUGUAAUUCCCGCAAGUCUCAGAAAACGAGUUCUAGAAGAAAUUCAUGAAGGUCAUUUGGGGGUUAAUAAAAUGAAAGUUCUAUCUCGUGGUUACAUUUAUUGGCCGAGUCUUGAUCGAGACUUAGAAGAAUUAUGCCGUACUUGUGACGCUUGCAGGGUGGUACGUGACGCACCACCGCACUCUCCACUACAUCCGUGGGAGUUUCCACAAAAUCCGUGGUAUCGGUUGCAUGCAGACUUCGCGGAUUGUGGUGGUAAACGCUAUUUGAUCAUAGUGGAUGCCUACUCUAAAUGGAUUGAAGCAAUACCAAUGCAAAAUACUGACUCUAAGAGUACCAUAUCUGUUUUUAGAAAUAUCUUUGCUCGAUUCGGUUUGCCGUCCCAACUCGUAACCGAUAAUGGCCCUCCGUUCUUUUCAUAUGAUUUUAAAAGCUACUGUCAAAGUAAUUGUAUUAAGCAUGUAACUUCAGCACCAUACAGACCACAGGGCAAUGGUGCUGCGGAAAAUGCCGUUAAGACAAUUAAAAAGGCUAUCAAACGGGCUUUGCAUGAGAACGAAGACGUAUAUACUGCGUUGAGCAGAUUUUUGUUUCAAUAUAGAAAUUGUGAACAUAGCACAACCGGUGUGUCACCCGCAGUAGCUUUGAUAGGAAGGCGUUUGCGUGGUCGGUUGGACGCACUACGGCCCUGCGUGGCGGACAUAGUGCGUAACAACCAGGAGCGUCAAGAACGCGCAGCUAGGGGUACGCCGCGUGGCUUCGCUAUCGGUGACCGUGUUUUAGCUCGCGAUUACACCGCUCGGGGGGAAAAGUGGUCUGAGGGUACUGUAGUUAAACAAACUGGGCCAUUAUCUUAUAAGGUUGAUUUAGGACAGGAGAUCUGCUGGCGAAGACACGCGGACCAGUUGAUUAAGAGAAGUGAUAGGUUUUCACUCUCUCGUACGAGUAUAGUACCCGAUAGCAAUGAAACUGUUGAUACACCUAAGACAACUAGUGUAACUGGUGGCGUUGGAGAUGUUUUUGAGGAUGCAUGCGAUGGCCCUCAUCAGGAAAUAGUUUCAAGUGAAACGGACAAAAAUGCACCCGCUAAGGUCGAGACGAUUGCAUCUCCGAAAUCUCUGCCACCACCAGAUAUGUCUGCCCGAGAUUUACGAGCUUACAACCGAAAUUUAAAAAGAGAUGUUGAAAUGUGA